ACGAUGGCACUCUGCAAUUGAUUACUGGCACCUUUCUGGCUCCCCUGAAAACAUGGCGGCGCCCACUGUCGAAACGCAAGUCGUUCCAGCUAAAAAACGAACCAUACGAGGACCACGGCGGGUGGCCAAUCAAAUUCCUGAUGAAAUCCUGCAAGACCCAGAGUUACAGGAGGCUAUCCGCGCUCUGCCUGCAAAUUACAACUUUGAGAUCCACAAGACAGUCUGGCGGGUGAGACAGGCCAUGUCUAAGAGAGUGGCCCUGCAGCUACCGGAGGGCCUGCAGAUGUUUGCCUGUGUCAUCGCUGACAUCAUCGAGAGGUUCACAGAGGCAGACACCAUUGUGAUGGGUGAUGUGACGUACGGAGCCUGCUGCGUGGACGACUUCACGGCCCGCGCCUUGGGGGCCGACUUCAUGGUGCACUACGGCCACAGCUGCCUCAUCCCUAUAGACUCCACAGCAGGCAUUAAGAUGCUGUAUGUGUUUGUGGAUAUCCAGAUGGACAACGCACACUUUCUGGACACGGUCAAGUUCAACUUCCCCCCUGGACACUCUCUGGCACUCGUCAGCACUAUCCAGUUUGUGGCUGCACUGCAGGCGGUGAGUGCAGCUCUGAGGCCAGAGUAUGAGGUGGUGGUUCCCCAGUGUCGUCCCCUGUCCCCUGGAGAGAUCCUAGGGUGCACCUCCCCCCGCCUCGACCGAAACGUCAACUCCAUCAUCUACCUGGGAGAUGGCAGGUUCCAUCUAGAGUCGAUCAUGAUUGCAAACCCAGAGAUACCUGCCUACAGGUACGACCCGUACAGUAAGAUAUUUUCCAGGGAGUACUAUGACCAUGAAGCCAUGCGGUCCAUCCGGCUCCAGGCCAUCGACAAAGCUCGCUCUGCCCAGAGAUGGGGCCUGAUCCUGGGCACGCUGGGCCGGCAGGGCAACCCUAAGGUCAUGGAGCACCUGGAAUCCAAGCUUGAGUCUCUUGGCAAGUCCUUCACUCGAGUGCUGCUGUCUGAGAUUUUCCCCAGCAAGCUGGACCUGAUGGCAGAAGUGGAUGCGUGGGUCCAGAUCGCUUGCCCGCGUCUCUCCAUUGAUUGGGGCAAAGCCUUCUCCAAACCCCUGCUGUCUCCCUAUGAGGCAGCUGUGGCUCUGCAGCAGGUGGGCUGGCAGGAGGUGUACCCCAUGGAUUUCUACUCCAAUCAGAGCCUGGGGCCAUGGGCGCCCAACCACCCCGACAACCAACCAGCUCGGCCCGCCCGCAAACAGACACAGAAGACUGGCUCACAGCCAGCCCCUCUCUCCGCUCCCUCACAGCAGUCUAAACAGUGUGGACAGAACCAGUGCGCUCCUUGUGGCUGUCAGGGAGAAUGACACGUACACCACCAUCUUAUCAUGGUGAUCGGUUGGAGCCAGGCCAGCCUAGAGGGGAGUGAGUCUAUCUACCACCCACAGGAGGGUUUCACUCUGAGCCCUGCUCAACACCUCACCUCCUCCAGGAGACAGAGAACCAGAGACACUUCACCUCAGAUACCCCUCCGUUGUUGUCCUGACGGAAUGGACUAUACUGCAUCUAAGGGUUGUUACCUUUUAAAGUGUGUAUGUGUUGAGCACAGAGAAACUGAGGCAAUGUAUGUCUGUGUAUGAAGAGGGUGAAUAAGUGCAGGAAUGUGUGUGAGUGGGUGUGCAUUCAUGUAUAUUUGUCUGUGAAAGAGAGAGGGAGGAGAAUGAUAUAGUAAGUUGGUGUGUGGGGGUAAUAAAGAGAGAGGAAUACAGAAGGAUGGCCCUGAGUUGAUUGUGUUAGAUGCCAGGGGAUGUGGGUGGCUUUGGUUAAAUACAAGCCACUUAUCCCUGAAACAGAAGGAAGCUGCCAACCACUUUACACUGUUAACCCACAGACUAAUUUAAAGAAGAGAAUGCAUUUGGUCAAAAGAUGAGACAUGGCGUUUUUCUCCAUUUCAAGCUUCUUUUCUUUCUAUUAUAUUAUACAGUAACAGUCAAAAGUUUGGACACACCUACUCAUUCAAGGGUUUUUC